GUGUAGUUAGGCGCCAGGUUCGGCUGGUUCAGGCUCGGUCCGGAGCGGACCGACAAGCAGCGGAGGGGCCGGAAAGUGGCAGGCCGCUGGAGCGCAGGCUUCCUGCUCUAUUCUCACUGGAUAGCUCACAGGGCGCAACCGGACAAAACACUAGGUCAUUGAUGAGCUGCUGGCUGCCUGGGUGGAGUCGAGGGUGGUGGGCACUGUUUUGCAGGGCUGCCCGGUAUCACCCCGAAGGUUGUCUUUCCCUGAAUGCAGACCGGAGGAGGGGCAGGCUGGUCACGAAGUUAAAAAUUCAGAUUGAGCUUUCUCAUAAGUGGCUCCCAGAAGAUUCACCCCACCCCACUAUGGGAACACAGCAGUUGUGGAUAUGGAGACAGGAAUGGAACCAGAGUUCAAAUAUACCAGAAAAUGUGGACCAUAAAUUCUUAUGUAAGUCAGAGACUGACUGGCCAAGAGCUGUGGGACAUUGAGGACUUUAGCAUUCACUGUAAACUUUGGCACAGGUCACUUAUUUCUCUGAAUACUGGAUCCAAAAAGCACAAUGAACACAAGAAUGUGCUAUGGUACUAGGGUGAAUUCCAGACAAGCACGAGAAUUCGGUACAUCUGGGGAAGGAGGCACAACUCCUGAGGUGAUCUUGGAAGUGGAACUGAUAGAACUUGGGGAAAGUGAUGAAAUAAUUGACCUCACUUGUGACUCUCUAGAACCUGCAGUGAUUGACCUAACUCACCAUGACUCUGUUGUGAUUACUGAAGAAAGGAGGAGGCCAAGGGGAAAUACAAGGUCACUCCAAGGCCAAACUGGCAGCUGUGUGGUGAGCAGUGAUAAGGAGGGGUUGAUGAGGGACAGAGAUGUAUCUGUGACCAACAGUGCCUACCAUAAUGCCCUGGAAGAAGAAACUUUAAGUUGCACACUACCUGGUUAUAUCUGGUGUCGAAUUUGUAGGGAUGGGUACUUAGAGAUUGAACUGAGUAAACGACAUAUCUACUCUACACAAUGUGGCCACAUCUUCUGUAGUCAGUGCCUCUGCACUUCCCUUAAAUAUACUAGAAAUUGCCCAGUUUGUUUGAAAAAAAUCAGCUGCCAUCUGUACCACUGCAUCUAUAUAUGAUGUGUGCUGUGUUGCUCAGGACAGACAGACAAGCUAGCUAGAUUCUUCCAUGUCCUUGUGCAGAAGUGGUGGGUUGUUGGCAUUCAGUGCACUGAGUUAAAAACGCCUGAUUUUAAAAAUUGUUCUCUGGAGUAUAUAAAUUUUUUUUUCAUUUCCCACACACAAUGAGACUACCUUUUGAUUUGUUUUGUUUCAUGCUGCAGGACUGGACUUGGUUGUCAUAGUGUGCCAGAGACUGGUGGUUGUCCUCAAAGCAAAUUUUCCUUUCUUUCUCAUAACAAUCAAUUUUUAAUUGGCCACAUGUGAGCAUUUUGGGUCAUGUAAAUAAGGGCAACAUCCUAGAGAUGAUGGAACAAGAUGGAAGGAACCUGAGAGACCGACAAGUUUGCAAACCAGAGCCACCUACAAGUUUGGGCUUUUACUUGAGAGAUGAAUAAACUUCAUUCUUGUUUAUGCAA